UGGCCCAUCUAUGGAACAUAAGGGAAACAACUAUUAUGUUAAUUUUUUCUUAUUACUGAAUAAUAUCCCCUUUGCAUAUGGCUACAUCAAUGCGAAGUUGGAAACUUAGAUUUCGACUGAAAAAAAAAUUUAAUUACUGCUUUAUACAAGAAUAUACAAUGUCAGCUUCACUCCCUAAGAAUUUCACUGCUCAAGAAGUGCUAGAUAUUUUGAUAUUUUGACUACAAUAAAAGUGAUUUGGAAAAUAAUUCAACUGAUGAUGAGGACUAUGAACCAGAACCUGAUAAGGAAACAGGAACGCAAGACCUCAGUUCUUAUGAAGAAGAGACAGAACCCUUGCCAUCUACUUCUAGUGCCUCUGCUAGGAAUAAGAAAAAGAAAGUCUAUGAGUGGACAAAAGAUAAUUUCAAUCCACCAGACUCAGUUUUCCGGGGCAAAGUUCUAGAGCUUCCUGAAAACUAUGAAGUUCAGUCACCAAUGCAUUAUUUCAAAAACUUUCUUACGGAUGACAUGCUAGAGUUGAUUGUUAAAUUUACAAAUGAGUACAGUGUUGAGAAGAGUGGAAAACGUUUUGACACCAAUAAAAAAGAAAUACAGCAAAUCAUAGGCAUGUUUCUGAGAAUCGGCCUAGCCAAGAUGCCCGGUGUUAAGUGUUACUGGGAAACAGACACUCGUUAUGAUCCAGUUGCUGGAGUAAUGAGUCGGAAUAGGUUUCAGUCACUCCUUUCAAAUUUGCACUUUGUUAAUAACAAUUUAGCUACAAAUGAAGAGAAAUCGGACAAGCUUUGGAAGAUACGCCCUUGGCUCAAACUAUUUAGAAAUAAUUGUUUAAAAGUUAUAGCUCAUGAAAAUAACAGCAUUGACGAAAUGAUGAUUCCCUUUAAAGGAAAGUUCAGCAAGCUUAAGCAGUUUAUAAAGGGAAAGCCCCAUCCUUGGGGAAUAAAAGUGUGGGCUAGAACCUCGUCAGCAGGUAUGCUAUGUGAUUUUGAUGUUUACCAAGGCAAGAAGGAUAAAAAGGAUGCUGAUUCUAUUGGUGUUGGUCCUGAUGUAGUGCUUCAGCUUAGUUCUACGUUGCCACAGAAUGAGCUGGAUAAGCCAUCACUAAAUUACAAAAUAUUUACAGACAAUUUCUUUACAACUUUGCCUCUCUUGGAAGAUCUGCAGAAAAAAGGCAUUCACUCUACUGGCACAGUUAGACCCAAUUGUCUUCCUGGUAUUUUACUUGACUCCGAGAAAAAUAUGAAGAAAAAAGGUUGUGGUACAAUGGAUCAAUGUGUUGAAAAGUCUACCAACAUAGUAGCUGUCCAUUGGUAUGACACAAAAGCUGUCAAUAUGCUCUCAACUUUGAGUGGUGUCGAACCAAGCAAAACUGUCAACAGAUUUGAAAAAGCUAAGUCAGCCUAUGUUCAGGUCCAGCAGCCUGCUGUGAUAAAACUUUAUAAUAAAAGCAUGGGAGGCGUAGAUCUUCACAACUGUUUCAUUGACAAGCAUUCAUUUCACAUUAGAUCAAAGCGUUGGUAUUUGUACAUAUUUUGGCAGUCCAUACGCAUGAUGUUUUGAAUGCUUGGCUCUCUUAUCGUCAGGCAUGUCAGCUCAUAGGGAUGCCUAAAAAAGAUGUGUUGAACCAACGCAACUUCCAAACAAAACUGGCAUCCCUUUUGAUCAAUUUACAUACGCAUACACAAAAAAAACGAGGAAGACCAUCUUUAGAAGGUGCCACUGCAGGCCCAUCAAGAAAGAAAUCUGCCUUGAGACCUAUGCCUGAACCAGAAGUCAGAACCGAUGGCUUUUUCCACUUCCCAAUAAAAACGGAAGAUCGCCAGCGCUGCAAGUUGUGUAGCAUGAAGACAAACAACAUUUGUGAGAAGUGCAAAGUAUAUCUGUGCUAUACAGAGCAAAGAAAUUGUUUUAGAAGUUUUCAUGUUUCUUAAAUAAAAGUUUCUAACAUUCUAAAUAUAUUUUUUUUUAUUUUCAUGAAAGUAUAAUAAUUAAUACCAACAUAACUCAGUGGGUCACCCGUGGAACAAAUUGAAAAAGUAGGUCAAGGUAACGUGACCUUAUAAAUUGAUGUUGAAUUAUCAACAUAUUAUAUAUAUGUAUACCAAAGGAAAUAAUUUUAGAACCACUGUAAGAUAAUGUGGGUCUUCCAGGGGAGAGAAUUAAUUGUUCUUACGAAUAGGUGAUGCACUCCAUAAAGAAGUAUUUUUUUUAUAAUACCUCUCAUGAAGUCAGAACAUCAUGGAUCCAGCAACAACCAGGAUGGUAGGCAAAGGUCUCAAAAACGGUUCUAACGAUUUUCCUGGAAAUUCAACAAUUAAUGUAUAUCGCUGAGAAAAAAAAAUACUAGCUCGUUGGUCACACGUGGAAAACUCUAGUUUGACCGUUAUAAUUUGUCAAAGUAAAUCAUUAAUAAUUGUAAAUUUGGUUGGAGACUAUAUCUAGGUCUAGAGCCUACAUGGCGUAGUCAGCCGUAUUACCGUAAUUAUGCCAUAACUAAGUAAAUUUAAA